CUCGGCUCCAAGAAUCUAACAACAUCUAUUUUCUUUGCAGUACUUUUCUCUACAAAAACUCCUACGAAGAACACCACUUUUCAUAUCUAAACUUCCAUGUUUUUUGCUUAUCAUUACUCUUCAAAGACAUUGCUGCUUUGUUCAUGACCAAAUCUCCACUCUAGAAUAGAAUUAAGGUGGUUGUUUUAGCAUCAAUGAAGUAAGAGCUACCAAAAAAAAAAAAAAAAAGAAAGAAAAGAAAAAGAAACCAACUAUAUUGUUUUGAAGUCUCUAGUGAACUCUUAGUGCGCGUAAUUGAUAAAAAAAAAAAACAAUGGAGGGUAGUUGCAGUUGGGAGCAAAAGACACUAAUUGGUGAGCUAAUUCAAGGGAUGGAAUUGGCAAAACAGUUGAGGCAAAAUCUGGGUGUAAAGUCUUCAGCUGAGACAAGGGAAUUCUUAGUGCAGAGGAUAUUGUCUUCCUAUGAGAAAGCUCUUUUGAUUCUCAAAUGGGGUGGCUCAAUGGGGCAGCAGCAGCCGCAGGCUCUUGGGGUGGCCACCAACUUACCGGUGCCGGAGUCCCCGAUGUCGGUCAACGAAAGUCCUCGGAGCGAUGACCAGGACCUCAUCAGAGAUGGCUCAAAGAAGAGAAAGGUAUUGCCAAGAUGGACUGACCAAGUAAGAGUUAGCUCUGAGAAUGGGCUUGAAGGACCUCAGGAUGACGGCUAUAGCUGGAGAAAGUAUGGCCAAAAAGAUAUCCUAGGAGCCAAAUAUCCUAGAAGCUAUUACAGAUGCACUUUUCGCAACACCCAGAGUUGUUGGGCUACAAAGCAAGUGCAAAGAUCAGAUGAAGACCCUUACUUGUUUGAGAUCACAUACAGAGGAACUCACACUUGUUCUCAAGCCAGCAACUCUGUUCAGCCACCAACAUCACCACAAAAUCAUGACCAAAAACCCAACAAUCACAAUUCUAUUAUUCCUCAACAGCAACAGUUUGGUCAUUGCAGCCACAAGUUGCCAUCCAACUUGAGGGUUGUCACAGAGUUGGGAGAGAGUGCAUUCACUUUCCCUUCGAGUCAAUAUGGAGGCUUGAAUGGUGAAGAUGGCUUUAGCCCUUUGGUGCUGGAGAGUGAAACUUUCAUGGGGAGUUUCUCCCGGUCCUUCGUGUCUCCGGCCACACCUGAAUCGGGUUACUACGCACCGUUCCAGAUGAACAACUCUGCCGGGCUUCAAUACGUGCAUCGUUCGGAAUCUGAUCUUACUGAGAUUAUCUCAGCCAACACUUCGGCCACCAAUUCUCCGAUUCCAGACAUGGAUUUCUCACUUGAUUCUGUCGACAUCGACCCCAAUUUCCCAUUUGAUACCCCUGGAUUUUUUUCUUGAUGAAUUAAAUGCCAACGAAAAAAGAAGAAAAAGAAAAAGAAAAUAAGUAAGAUUCUCAGACUGCAACUUAUUAGGCUAGCUGGUUCCACCAGAUAAAUUAAGUUUGUAAUAUAAGAGAAGAGGAAUGGUUUGUAAAAUAUUUAAGAGCCUAUUUCUGGUUGUAAAAUAGGGAGUAGCCAUCUUAAUUCUAACAAGUUUCAGAAGUUGAUCUUUCAAUUUGAAAACUAUUUGGUUAAUGACAAAGCAUAGUUUCUAUGAAA